GAAUGCAACACAUGCACGUGGGCGGAGUUUUAUUUUCAUAUAGACAGAAGAGGUAGCGUUUUAGGAAGCGGAGAUCUGUAAAAGAAGGAUGAGUGGAGGAACAUGCAUGCGCAGAAGAGGGGGGCCUUACAAGACCCCUCCAGCCACUGACCUCACAUGCUGGCGUCUUUCAUGCUCAGAGGGAAGGCAAACAUGGCGUUAUGUGGAGGAGGAAGAUCGGAAACAGACUGCGUUGGAGGCUCAUUCUUUGGGGCUGGAUACGAGUAACAUACUGAAGGAUCUGCCACAGCCACAAACAGCAUACGAUGGAGCUUAUAAUGGAAUCACAUUUUACUCAGCUUUACAAGCUGAGGAUGGACAUUGGGCUGGAGACUACGGUGGUCCUCUGUUUCUGUUACCAGGUCUACUCAUUGCUUGUCAUGUGACAAAAACUCCAUUGCCUGAUGCCACAAAGAAGGAAAUGGUUCGAUACCUGCGCUCCGUCCAGUUACCAGAUGGAGGAUGGGGUCUGCACAUUGAGGACAAGAGCACAGUUUUUGGCACAGCUCUAAGCUACACCUCCCUUCGCCUCCUUGGGGUGUCACAGGAUGAUCCAGAUUUGACCCGAGCUCGGAAUAACCUGCAUAGCAAAGGUGGUGCUGUUGGUAUUCCUUCUUGGGGGAAGUUCUGGCUAGCAGUACUGAAUGUUUAUAGUUGGGAAGGCAUGAACACCCUAUUCCCAGAAAUGUGGCUCCUGCCUCAGUGGUUUCCAGCUCACCCCAGUACACUUUGGUGUCACUGCCGACAAGUGUAUCUGCCUAUGAGUUAUUGUUAUGCUACUAGACUCAGUGCUCAUGAAGAUGACCUGAUCCGCAGUCUGAGACAGGAAUUGUAUCUAGAAGAUUACAGCAGAAUUAAUUGGCCAGCCCAGAGGAAUAAUGUUGCUAGCUGUGACAUAUAUACUCCACACAGUACUUUGCUUAACAUUGCCUACGCUUUUAUGAAUGUAUAUGAGUCCUACCAUAUCUCUGCUAUCCGGCGCCGUGCAGUGCAUGAGUUGUAUGAUCACAUUGCAGCAGAUGACAGAUUCACCAAAUGUAUCAGCAUCGGGCCGAUUUCCAAGGUGAUUAACAUGUUGGUCCGUUGGCAUGUGGAUGGCUCAGAAUCUUCUGUCUUCAAGGAGCAUGUUGAACGCAUCCCUGACUAUCUUUGGUUGGGUUUGGAUGGAAUGAAAAUGCAGGGUACUAACGGCUCUCAGCUGUGGGACACGGCAUUUGCUGUUCAGGCCUACCUUGAGGCUGGAGCUCACCACAGAAAGGAGUUUCAGAAUCGUCUGGAGAAAGCACAUGAAUUUCUACGGAUCUCCCAGAUUCCAGAUAAUCCGCCUGACUACAAGAAAUUUUAUCGGCAGAUGAACAAGGGUGGAUUCCCAUUUAGCACACGUGACUGUGGCUGGAUUGUGGCAGAUUGUACAGCUGAGGGCCUGAAGUCUGUCAUGUUAUUGCAGGAAAAAUGCCCUUUUUUAACAGAUCUUGUCCCUCCAGGCAGGAUGCGGGAUGCUAUUGAUGUGUUACUCAGCAUGCGCAAUUCAGACAAUGGGUUUGCUACAUACGAGACCAAACGUGGGGGGCGCCUGCUGGAAUUUAUCAAUCCCUCUGAGGUGUUUGGGGACAUCAUGAUUGAUUACACCUAUGUGGAGUGCACAUCUGCUGUAAUACAGGCACUUAAACAUUUCCAAGCACAGGACCCAGUCUACAGAGCACAGGAAAUCAGAGAGACCCUACAGAAAGGACUGGAUUAUUGUCGCUUAGUACAGAGACAAGAUGGUUCCUGGGAAGGGUCCUGGGGUGUGUGCUUUACGUAUGGAAUUUGGUUUGGUCUGGAGGCCUUUGCUUGCAUGGGACAUACAUACCAGGAGGGUUGCCCUGAAAUAAUCCGUGCCUGCAGUUUCCUUCUGUCACAUCAAAUGGAAGAUGGUGGAUGGGGUGAAGAUUUUGAAUCCUGUGAACAGAGAAAAUAUGUUCAGAGUGCAAGCUCUCAGAUACACAACACUUGCUGGGCCCUGAUGGGUCUGAUGGCUGCCAGGUUCCCUGAUGUUGCUGUUUUGGAGAGAGGUGUCCGACUUUUACUGGAUAAACAGCUCAGUAAUGGGGACUGGCCACAGGAGAAUAUCUCAGGAGUGUUUAACAAGAGCUGUGCAAUCAGUUACACAUCAUAUCGGAAUAUAUUUCCCAUCUGGACCCUUGGCCGUUUCUCCCAUCUGCACCCAGAGAGCUCUUUGGCUGGACUCCUCAAGAACUGAUUUUUUCCACCAGAGCGGAACUUACAUACAGCUCUGUGACUGCUUCCUCCAUUUUUUUGUGCCUCUUGUCACAUCGACAGCUCCCUUUAUUAAUUCCGACAUCUUCAUUAUUUUGUGUUUAUAUAGCAGCGAUUCUUUUAACUCAAAUCCAUUCACAUUAUGUGCUGCUGUUUACAAAAUACCUAAUGAUGUGAUCUGAGAACUAAUGGAAUACAUUCCAAUGUGUUGAGUUAUAUGCUAUUUUAUAAAUUAAUGUUAAUAAUAUAGAUAAUUGUACAAUUGUAUAGCUGAAAAUAAAGACAUUUUUCUGUGAA